AUGACUGUGAUAAAUGAUGGGGCAGGCUUAAUGGGUGUGGUGACAGCCAUAGUGACAGGCACGGUGACAACACUGCCACAAGACACACCCUACGGUCCAGCUGCUCGUGUUUACGCCCGACCUGCCUAUCAACAUGAUCCAGUGACCUACCAUUUCUCGUACGCGAUCAAAGACGACUACGUGGGCACGGACUACGACCACAACGAGAAGUCCGACGGAGCCAACGUCAAGGGGUCGUACAGUGUGGCACUCCCAGACGGUCGUAGGCAGACGGUGAGCUACGUGGCCGACCCCUACGGCGGCUACCUGGCUCAGGUCACCUACAAGGGCCAGGCACAACACCCUCAAGUCUAUGGUCCCCCUAUCACCUUUAGGCCACUGACCAGCGCCUACCGACCCCAGCUGGACUAUCAGUGAGACAUCCAGCUGGACUAUCAGUGAAAUCCCCAGCUAGACUAUC